UUCGAGCAUGAGCGGGGUUUACUUAGCUACAAUAAUUAGCAAAACCAAUACGUCAGGUUAAAGUCCCUGUCCAAACAACAUGAAAGUCACAUGACCAUCAAGUUCCACUUCCUCAAACUUGACACACACCAUCCCACUACACUGUGAGUGAGUGCAGCUCUGCUACUAAAACUGCUCUCAGACUAACCUCUACAGGACUACCAGACUGGAAGCUCACUGUCAUGGCAAGUUCAAGUCUAUCCACAAAAACAAACAGAAACCGUCUUAGAAGAGAGACCACAGGAGCUCCUGGUCUCCUGCUUGUUUUCCUCACCUUAUUCACAUGCCUGCUGAGGUGUUCAGAAUGUGUCAAAGCCAAAAACAUGAUUCUCAUUGUUGCAGAUGAUCUGGACGUGGAGCUUGGUGGAAUGACACCAUUAAAGAAGACCAAAGCCCUGGUUGGUGAUGCUGGUGUCAUCUUCUCCCAUGCAUACACAGUGACACCCCUGUGCUGUCCCAGCCGGAGCAGCAUCCUGUCCGGGAAAUAUCCACACAAUCACAUGGUCCACAACAAUUCCUUGUCAGGCAACUGCAGUAGCAAAGCCUGGCAAGCUGGUCCUGAGAUGCAAGCCUUUCCUGUCUAUCUUAACAAGAAGUAUUAUCAGACCUUUUAUGGAGGGAAAUACCUUAAUCAGUAUGGGAUGAAUGAGACAGGAGGUGUGGGUCAUGUUCCUCCUGGAUGGGACCAGUGGCAUGCACUGGUGGGAAACUCUCAAUACUACAAUUAUACACUGUCUGUCAACGGGAAAGCAGAGGUUCACAAAGACGACUAUGGAAAGGACUACCUCACAGACCUUAUUUUGAAUAGAUCACUGACUUUCCUGGACUCGCGAAGCCCUCAACAUCCAUUUUUUGUGAUGCUGUCCCCUCCAGCCCCUCACUCUCCCUGGACUGCAGCUCCUGCAUAUAGGAACAGCUUCAGUGAUGUCAAGGCUCCACGUGAUGGCAGUUUUAACAAACCUGGACAUGACAAGCACUGGUUGCUGCGUCAGCCUGUUAACCCGAUGCCAAACAGCUCCAUUGAUUAUCUCGACAAUGCUUUUCGUAAAAGGUGGCAGACCCUUCUGUCUGUAGACGACAUGGUGGAGAAGCUGGUAAAGAAACUGGAAGACAUAAAGGAGCUGGAUAACACGUACAUUUUCUUCACUUCUGACAACGGUUACCACACAGGUCAGUUCUCCCUCCCUAUUGACAAGAGACAACUGUAUGAAUUUGAUAUCCGUGUGCCACUUUUGGUACGUGGGCCCGGGAUUAAGCCCAACCAAACGCUUCCGGACCCAGUAUUGAAUAUAGAUCUUGCCAUGACCAUCCUUGACAUUGCAGGAGUUAAUAUCUCUACUUUGGAUAUGGAUGGACAGUCUUUUCUACCACAGAUUGCACCAUCAUUACGCAACGGCACGUCACGUCCCUACUUCUUGGUGGAGUACACUGGUGAGGGCAACUUGAGUAAAGAUCCUAAGUGCCCACAACUUGGCCCUGGAGUCGCUCAAUGCUUUCCAGAUUGUGUUUGUGAGGACGCCUUCAACAACACGUAUGCCUGCGUUAGGAUGUUCAAGGACAACGAUUUGCAGUACUGUGAAUUUGCUGAUGAUGAGGCAUUUGUGGAGGUGUACAACAUAACGGCUGAUCCUCAUCAGCUGGAGAACAUUGUGAAGAAGGUGGACCCUGCGCUCCUGCAGAUCAUGAACCAAAGGCUCAUCAAGCUUCAGUCAUGCAAGGGUGACAGCUGUCGACAUUAUUAACAGCUCAAGUCGUGCUCCAACAGUUCUGCUCAGGCCAAAGUGGUAACCAAAGAAUGUGUUUUUUGUUGUUGUUUUUUUUAGUGAAUCAAGUACUUUAAGGAUUAAUUUCAUGGGCCAGGAUUUAUUAUUCAUGACACCAAAAAUAAUUUAUUUACACUCAGCCCUUGCUGCUAUAUUUCAUGUCAAUUUGAUUUUAUGUAGUGGAGGAAUGGAGUGUGGGAUUUACAUCCCUUUGUAUACAUUUUUACACUUGCAUACAUCACUACAUUGACUGACUGCAAAUAAGAAUACUGCACAGUGUGAUGAAUUGUACAAUUGUUCACUUUUUAAACUUGUCUAUUUGUCAUCUUCAGUUAAUCAGUUACUACAGUGAAACUAAUAUAAGGUGUGUAGUUAAAAGAGCCGCUGAUGGGGCCUGGUAAUUUAAGGGGUUAACUGCGUUAUCGGUUUAUGACUAUAACUGAUAAUGCCUACAUCACUAAGUCCAAAUAAAAUACCUCCGGUCCUUUUCUAGGCCUGUAGUCGCAUUACAGAACGGUAUGAACUUUAUGUAUUACAGAAAACAUGUAAUGAAAUGGGCUCCACUUCAUUGUAUUCUCAUCCAACCCCUGCCUUUAUACUGUACAGCUCUAGAUAGGACAUGUAUUAAAAUCACUCCCUUAAAUGUGAAUGUAUUCAUAUCACAGGCCUGGAGAUGUAGGUUAUUCAUUUCUCUUAUUUUUUUUUCCCUUCCUGGUACGUCACUAUACACACUGAUCAUAUAUCUAUGUAUAAUUCUUCUUUUUGUUUGAUAAAACCGUUGAUAAUCGGACAGAUAUCUGAGGUGAUGCACUAGGGCCGUAGCACUUUUUUUUUUUUAAUAGGAGGAAAGUUGAAUGUCAACUAUUAACUGUUGUCACUUCUAAUAAUUAUUAGUUACACACUGAAAUGAUGUAUGUCUUUUGGAAAACAGCUUUUGUUUGCAGGUAGUUUAAGGUUAUCUUGGUCAUGCUUUCUAUGUGUCAAGCUGUGUUUACGGGAGGAAAAAAAAAAUCAAAAUAUUCAACCAAUAAAUUGUUUACAGUCUACAUUGUUUCUUCUGGGGUUAUCAGAAACACAUCAUUUGUUAAUGAAUUGCUAAUAUUCUACAAUUCAUAAUAAAUGAAUGAGACAUGAA